GUCCUUACUACUCCGGACUACUCCGAAGGGGAACCACCGCCCCACACCAACCAAGCGAAGGCAAGCACAUGGCGGCGCGACGCGGCUUCGAUUCGCCGCCGGCGCUCCCGGAAGAGCUCCUCGAGGAGAUCUUCCUCCUCCUCCCGCCCGACGACCCGGCGCGCCUCCUCCGGGCCUCCUACGUCUGCAAGCCCUGGAACCGCGCCGCCUCCAGCCGCGGCUUCCGCCGCCGCCUCCACGAGCGCCACGGGGCUCCCCCCUUGCUCGGAUUCCUCCACAACUCCGGCGACCCCCGCUUCGUCUCCACCACUGCCUCUCCGUUCCCCCUCCCCGCCCCGGACCGCCGCUCAUGGCGCGCCCUCGACUGCCGCCACGGCCGCGCCCUCUUCAUCUCCGUGGCUGACGAGGAGGCCCGGGUCCUCCUCGUGUGGGAGCCAGUCACGGGGUACCAUCAGCGGGUGCCGGCUCCCCCCGCUGCGCUCAGCAGCGAUUUCUCCAACGCGGCCGUGCUCUGCGCGGCGGACGGGUGCGACCACCGCGGCUGCCACGGGGGACCCUUCCGCGUGGUCUUCGUCUGCUUCGACGAAGAGCUGCUGGACACUUUCGCUUACUUGUACUCUUCGGAGACUGGCACCUGGGGCGAGCCGGCCAUCUUGAGCGGCACGACCUUCGAUCUCAACCAACCCAGCGUGCUCCUAGGGAAAUCUCUGCUGUACUUCGUGUCUGAAUGUGCUUCCAUCAUCGAGUACGACUUGGCCAGGCACAGGCUGGAUUUGUUCGACUCACCCUUGGACUUUGAGGUCGUGCUUGACUAUGACAGACUUGUCUUUAUGCUGUCGGAGAUGGGUGGACUGGGAGCUGCCGUUGCCAGGGAUUCACGUCUCAUCCUGUGGUCAAGGGAACCGGAAGACGACGCUGAUGUGCCAUGGGUACAGAGCAGGGUCAUCGACCUGGCCAAAUUGCUUCCGAUUGGUGACCUGGUAACCGAGUCUUCAGAAACAUCACCAAAGGUGAUGGGCUUUGCCGAUGGAGCAAACACAGUUUUCGUGGGCACGGUUGCUGGCCUAUUCACAAUUGAGCUCCACUCACAGCGGGUGAGGAAGGUGCACGAGGACAGUGAGUUCAGCUCAUUGAUUCCUGUUGUUGACUUCUAUUCUCCAUGUUGUACACUCGGGCCACCCGGAAGCAAGGACCAUGGCUUGCCACUGUCGAACGCCAGCGAGGGAAAAUGGAAGGAGGAUAAAACACUAGGGCAAGCACGGGAGCUGGUCGACAAGGGAUCCAAGGCUAUCAAAGAGGGGAACUUCGUCGAUGCCGCCGACUGCCUCAGUCAUGCCCUUGAGAUCAGGACUGCACAUUAUGGACAACUUGCUCCCGAGUGUGCUAGCACGUAUUACAAAUAUGGAUGUGCUUUGCUACACAAAGCAAGGCAACACAAAGCUGAUGAUGCAGCCUUUCCAUUAUCUAAUGUUCCCGUGAGUGCACGAGUUGAACAAUCAAUGAAGAAUACGACCAGCAAAGACGAUACCGGAACUCAAAGACCUCCUGUAGGAACGAUGAAGAUAUCUCCAUCUUCAGGGAAAGGGCUAAACUCAAAUGUCAAAGAUCAAGAGUAUGAGACUGGUGAUAGCAAGGAUGAUGACAAUGUGGGUGAUUCUGAUUUGGAUCUGGCCUGGAAAAUGUUGAAUUUUGCAAGAGUAAUAGUUGAGAAGAGCCCAAAUGACAACGCUAUGGAGAAAUUUAAAAUUCUUUUUGCUCUGGCUGAUGUCUCCAUGGGAAGAGGUGACUUUGACAACUCGCUCGGUUACUACUUCAAAGCUCUGGCCAUCUUGGAGCAUGUGGUUGAGGCUGACCACCCUGGAAUUGCCAGACUAAACUUCCGAAUAUGUUUGUGUUUGGCCUUCGAGUCAGUGUCCAAGCUCGCGGAUGCUAUCCCCUAUUGUGCAAAGGCUAUUUCACUAUGCGAGUCACGUAAGCAGAGGUUGGAAAAUGCCAUGAAAGCUUUGUUGGCUGAUGAAGGUGACAAUGCAUCUGCUGCUGAAGGGUGCUCUGGAAAAUUUGCUAUCGAAUAUGAGAUGGAGUUCCUAACAGACUCAUUGGCUAAACUCGUGGAGACGCUUGAAGUACUGGAGAGAGCAAUGUCAACCCCAAGCUCUGCCACGGAAGGGAGAGUUGCCUGAUUGCCUCACAGGCGACUGGAAAUUUAGUAAAGCUGUGCAAGGAGCUGCAUGGAUCUUCGACUUGCCUGGAAUGCUCAGGUAUUGACCUGCAUUUGUAACUAGUUAUAUUAGGCUGGUCCACUGAACUCUUAAGUAUAUGGUGGACGUACUCUAAAUCGUGUGGCUUUCAACCCAUGGGCUGUUGUCAUGGUGAUCAGCCCUUUUGAAGUGUAUAUGCGGAUGGACGAAAUGAACGGAAUUGAGUGUUAGUUCCAUGGAAACUAAACCAUUUCUCUGGAGUUUUCUUUCUCUGGAGUAACCGAUGUCAAUGAAGUCAAGAGACUCCAGUGUGCAGAUGAAUACACUCGCAGCUUGUUUGGUUCCCAUUA